UGAUAAUAUCGCGCGAUUCAGACAAUCCGCAAUUCUAGCAACGAAUAUAUACGUAUAUAAGAGAAUUUGCGGUCGGCAUAUAUCUGCAACAGUACAAUUGUUAUUACGUAACGCGGUAAAAUCUAAAAUCUAUUCCAUAACGUGCUGUAAUAAUCUAAAAUGAAUUCAGUGACGUAGGUAACACACUCGUACAAACAGAUAAUACCGAGAUUUUCUAUGCAGAAUAGAAAGUCGUUGCUUUCCCAUCACUCUCUCCAGCACGUAAAAUCUUGCGAAAAAUCUUUACCGCAAAAUAGAAAAAAAAAAAAAAGAUUGUCGAAUAAAAAAGACCGAUCGUGUCUAAUUAAUUUCCCGUAUAUUCUCGAACGCGAAAAUGGUGAUAAAAAAAAUAAUUGAUCGAAGGCGAUGAAGAGUUUUAUUGCCGGUUCGCGAAUGCCUUGUAAGAGGAUUGAAAUUCACGAAGGAUAAACGGGUAACGAGUUUCAUUCGUAAGUAACGAAUAAUUGCAUUAUUAUCUGGCGCACGCGAAUUAAAAUCCUUCCUCCUGCCUCCCCCAUCGUAAACUAUGUAAACAUAAAUAAAGGCAAGAUAGGUCGUGUGUGUGUGUAUUUGCGGCGGUAUGUCACAGAUUACCGCAGGUUGCCGUGCUCGUGUUAGUGUACAAGGUGGGCACACUUUUACAAUACAUAAUGUAGAUCUUCGCAAACGAGUGUAUACACGCUCGCGGCCUCGUAUGUAAUGACGUGAUACCGAUACACAUGCAAGAAGGUCUAAGAAGAUAUCGCUAAGUGGCCGCCGAUAUACGGAACGGCAGAUCAGUUCAAAAUCACCUGUCCCACAAGGUGGAACAAUCCGUGGAGACUAUUAUCGGUGUAUCGCGUAUUGAAUUUAAUUGACGCGAGGCUUGAAUUCCUUAAAUCUUGAAGAAGAGAUGGAUCGUAUUAAGAGGAAGAGAAGAAGGAUGGGUAGUGAAAAGAAAGUGCUGCUGUCCAUCGUCGAUCCUUGGGAUGUGAAGGUGGCCAGUGUCGAUCCGGUCGGAUUGGCCGAGCGACGUGGCGUGUCUCUGUCCAUUCUACCCUCCGAACAAGAUGAGGAUGUGAAUGUAGAGUGGUCGACCUUAAGCAGAUCCAUCAUCAGGACACCAUCGCCUUGGUACAAGCCCGGUAGCGUCUCGAGUCACAUCAAUCCCGCCAAGUCCGAAGAAUUGACGCUGAUCGAUCCGAUCUGGCUGAAUUCUCGAUAUUCGCGAAGAUCACCCAUCAACGCGACUGACGACUCUCCAUCUUCGAUUCCGUUCAGAGAAAAAUUUCGAGAUAGCAAGCAAAAAACCGACGACGACAAGGCGAGCGAGGUCGACAAUGGAUUAAUCAACGGCUCGCAGGAAAUUAGUCGCAACGGUUUCGACGAUGUGAACGGUACAGCGGCGGUACGAGUGCGUUUUGAGAUCGAUAGAGCGGCGGAGCCGUGGCGGAAUGGAGUGCGAUGUGUCGCGAACAGUACGCAAAAUAUCGAUGAUGCGUCGCGUGUAUUGACGAAAGAUUGGAACGCGAACGAUAAUUAUUCGAAAGCCGAGGAACGGACGAUUGCGGAAAAGCGGAAGGAUUGGCGGAGAACGGACGACGCGAAAAUCGAUGAGAGAAACGCGAAUGCCGAACGUGACGAUUCUGUAUUAAUUGAGAAGGAGCCACCGAUUGUCGAUAUCGUUCAACACUUGGUGGAAUCCAGGUACAAUCCGCAAACCGCAAAGGAGAAGAGAUUAAAAAGGAUGCCAUCAUGUCGUCGACAACAAGCUUCAAAGGAAAUAGAUUCAGUGGAAAAAGUAAACGACGACACGAAUGUGUUUGUUAACGAAGUCAAACGAGAGAAUAAUCAAAAAGUGGCCGAGAAGACAAACACGGUAAAAGGGCUACCGGAAGUGACGGCGCUACGCGUUCCAAAUAUAAGAAAGACUAGCAUCUCGAUGCCCAGCAAUCUCGACGAAAUGGACGACCUUCGAAUAGACAGACAAAACGGGACAGGGGCUUCGAAAUUCGCGAGAGCGGAGAGCGAGACCAGCAGCAGCGUGACUUUCAGUAACAGCGGCUCGACGCCAAAUGGAAGUCCGCUGGGUUCCGAUACGGAGGAAGAAGCAAAUGACGAGGAAUUGGUCAAGGUGCCAUUGCAAGCUCCACCGCGAAGAAAAAGUAGAGUCAUGCAACCAUCGAUGAACGAAAAAAUGGGAAACGACGCCACGGAACUUUCGGGUGCGCAAAGUGCGAAUUCCACGAUAACUAGCGUAAACAGCAUUAGCAGUCUCCUGAAGGAGAAACUGCAAUUGUCGUUACCGCAAGCACUGCGAAACAAUGCGAGACGUCAGAAUGCCGACUACAGGCUUAGAGCGUUUGUCGGUUUCCUCUUUCUGUGCGUCGUUUUCCUCGUGGGAUUCGCACACAUUUAUUACAACCAGCAUGUCUUACAACGAGCUUACUUUGACAAAUUCAGAUUUAAUAAAAAUGAAAGAGUGAUGACAAUCUACAGUAGUACCGGCGCGGAGAUCAUCGCCGCUCGACUCGGCGAGGAUAUUCCACCGGAAACGGGAGUGUAUCCCUGCCUUCCGCAUCAUCAACGGCAAGAUUCUGUCUGCCUCGAGUGGCUGCAGCAGACGCGGCUCUAUCUCGCACAUACAAAGCGCGACGACAUGCACUGCUACCACGUAACCUGGAAGAGCCUGAGUCCCUACUACAAUCCCAAGGACUGCUUCGACUGGUCCUCGAAGAGAGGCCACUGGUACGGCGCCGGUCAGAUUCAGAACAUGGCGUAUCCCCUGGAACGAGGUCGCCUGGAGCUAAGUCCUUUUAUCACGGGCGACGUGAGGAAACAUUCCUUCGGCAAUGUGUUGAAAAGAUACUUUCUCAAUUCGAAGGGUGCUACGAUCCUAGUGGAUCCCGAGACACCGUUGUACGUUUCCAUCAACGCCAAUCGAACCAACGACUUUUGCCUUCAAGCCAAAUAUGACGCUUUCGCUUACAUCAAUCAUCUGACGCCGCUACCCCAGCUCAACUACACCAUUUGCGCUACUGACAAUAUGAAGACUCUACACUCUUUGAUGGCGGAAAAGUCUCUGUGGGACGGCCUGAAGCCCGACGAGCUGCACGCCGUUCAUUCGCUGUUGUCCGAACCAGUCUGGCAAAUUUCGCCCAUCAACGAGGCGGCCAUUUAUAAUUACACGGAGGACGUGAUCGCAUUGGGUUUCCUUCGCCAAGGCCACGUUCUGCUGAGCGAAGAAUGGCAACCGAAUCCGGGAGAUUUUGUCCUGGACGAAGAGCGCUUUCCCUCCAUGGAGGAGACUAUAAAUAUUAUUCAUCGCAGAGGAUUUCGAAUAGUCUUCAGCAUCCAGCCGUUUAUCUCCACGGAAUCCGUGAACUUCAAGGAUGCUGUCGCUAGUAGAUUACUCAUCUCGGAGAGAGGCAGCGAUCCUCGGAUUCCGGCAUUGACGAGAUACAAGCAAAGUAACAGUGCCGGUGUGCUCGAUAUCACCAACAACAAGACUUUACCCUGGCUGCAAACGAAACUCGAGAGCCUGAUCAUGAAGUAUCACGUUGACUCGUUUUAUCUCGACCUGGGCACCGCUCAGGACAUGCCGCACUAUUACAAAUGCGAGCAGCCACUGACCAAUCCCGAUCAUUACAAGACCAUCUUCACCCGCUCGAUACUAAGCACCAUUCCCGUGAUCGGGGUGUCCAGUGCCAUUUCCAGGCCACGAGCUCCCGUCUUUGUGUCCUUGCCACCCUUUCCGUCCUCCUGGAAGGCCAUCAAGACCGUUAUCCCCAUCGUGCUUAGCUACGGCAUGAUCGGUUACCCGUUUAUCAUGCCGGGUGCAGUGGGCGGCGACGUGGCGCUUCCGAUGUCGGAUAACAAUCCCGACAAUGACUUUGAGGUGGACCUGCCGGACAAGGAACUCUACAUCCGAUGGCUGCAACUGUCCACUUUCCUACCCGUGAUCCGCUUCACUCAUCUGCCCAGCAAAUACUCGGACGAGUCGGUUCUGGAAAUAGCCAAGAGGUUGACCACCUUGCGGCAGAAGACAGUGACGCCGUUGCUGAAAAAGUACGCGAACGAGACCUUGGACACCGGUCUGCCCAUCAUCAGGCCGCUCUGGAUGCUGGACCCGGCCGAUCCAGCCUGCCACGUGGUGGUCGACGAAUUCUCCGUCGGCGAGGAGCUGAUCGUCGCGCCGGUGCUUUAUUCCGGCAGCAGGCAGAGGGAAGUUUAUUUGCCAGCCGGUGUCUGGAGGGAUGGCAUCGAUGGGAGUCUGAGGAAAGGCUCGAGGUGGAUUCACAAUUACAGGGUGGCGGAGGACAAGGUGGCGUACUUCGUCAAGAUGCCGGAUAACACAAGGUUUUAAGGGCGGUUCCAGACGCCACACAGAAACUCGGAUUUCACGCAAACGUGCUUCGUGAGCGAUGUCGAGUUUGACGAUUUGAGUUCGAUGAUUUUUUUUUAUUUAAUUUGUGCAAUAUAUGAACUGGUUGCUCGACGAACUGACAUAAUGCAGGCUAAUGAUCGUGCAGUGAUAAAUAUCUCUUAUGUUUGAGGUCAUGAAAACUUUGCACGUGCAGAUGCGACAUUCACUAUUCAAUGAAUGUAUCCAAAAGUUAUGAAUGCAAUAAUUAAAUAUCCAACGUCUCGUACACUUUAGAGCACACUUCCUUACUGCACUUUUGUACAACAGGAUAAUUACACAGUGAUAAAUACUUAAUGGUUGAAAUCAUUACACGUGCGUUGUUGGAUAUAUAUAAUCAAGAGAAACUUUUAAUUACACAAUAAAAGUACCCAGAAAAUAUUACUGUACCCUACAAAUAUGAUAUUAUCAACAAUAUUAUAUUACGAUGCAUAUCAUAAUUGUAUACACAUUAAAAGACAUAGAACAAAUCUAGUGUAGAUUUAUAAUUUAUGCUGGCAAUUAUAUUUAUUUUAUCUAACAA